UAUUGUCACAGUUUGAUUCAUCUGAUUACGAAAAUGUGAUAUAAACAAAAAAUGGAAAACUGCGAGAAUAUGUCUACUAUGUUGUCAAACGAGGCUCAACUGCGUUACAUGAUAGAAUGGUUUCAAGAAUGGUCCGAGAUGCAGCGGAAUGAUUUUCUGGGCGUGUUGCUGGAGAAUUGUGGUCCUGCAGGACUUGUGAAUGGAUUGGUAACUGGAAUGGAGAAGUUGAAUUGCGAAUCUGACAGGCCACCUAGCUUGUUUCAGUGCCGCGUCAAGCUCUUCAGAGAAUGGAGUAGCAAUUGGUCGCAAUACGAAAAGAAUUCUUUGUUGGCAGCUAUUAAGAAUACAGACAGUAAGUUUGCUGAAAUGUAUGAAGAAAGAUUAUCAUCAUUAGGAGAAGAUAAACAGUAAUAAGCAAGCAUUUUAUGCUGUGUAACUUACAAAUUCCAGACAGAGAGACAUGUAUUUCUGUUUUUUUAAAUUAAUAUAAAUU